CGUAUUUUUGGAAACUUUAAAGCUGACAAUCAUAGAGAAAGAUUACACCUCCUUGGAGAACUACUGAUACGGCAAGAAGGCAAAGUGGAAAUAAAAUACAAAGACACAAUUGAAAAUUCAAAAGUGAGAAAGUGACAAUCAGAGCAGGAAAAUACUCCUUUCUGAUCUCUUAUUGAUAAACUAUCUAGGUUAAGUGUCGUGUCGCCACUGUACACACAUAAUUGUCACCAGCAGGCCGUUAAUAGUGGGUCAGUCUACCUCUAUGACGCCAGCUAUUGCCCGAGACACGCACCUCGGGGACACGCACCUCGGGGACACGCACCUCGGGAACAUGCACCUCGGGAACAUGCACCUCGGGGACAUGCAGCCUGAGGACCCAUACCUCGAGGACACACAAUCCAGAGACAUGUAUAUGGAUGACACGCACCUGCCUCCCCUUCCACCAGCAGCACUGCAACAACCAGGUGCAGGGAUGGCUGUUGACGGUGGUGGAGACGUCAGGUCAUGGGCGCUGCUGGCUGGCGUAGUGGGGAGCGUGGGCGUAGUGCUGGUGGUGGCGGGAGUGUGGGCGGUCAGAAGGUGGGUGACCGCCAGGAAGAACGCAGAGGAACGGCAACAGAUAUUACUGUGGCCAGGCGUCGGCACCCAGCCCUGCAGCUUCCAGACACGAGAGAUCCGGUUCACUCUACCACCGAGUCUGGCGCCGCUUGCCUCAGCUGUACCAGACGAGCCUCUAUCUGACAGUGACCUCCAGCCGCCAACCCAUGCCUCUCUCACUGGCUCUGGUGGAGGGAGUAGCGGGUCGUCAUCCACACAGGACUUCGCAUCACCCUCUUCCUCCUCGCUGGCCUCCCUCACCUCCCUGGAUACCGUCGCCGCUGCCGCCUCUACCUGUGACGUCAGGCGCAGCUCUAUAUCUGACAUGCGCAGGCGCUCACUCCAAGGAUUCAGUCUAGGGACGCUGAACCCUGAGCUGUACCGGAUCCCUGACCACCUGGACGAUCCCGGUACCUACCCACCGGGACACCUGGGACGGCUCUUUUUAACUCUUCACUACAGCCAAGAGAGCGAGAAGCUGCAGGUGGGUCUCCUCAGACUUAGGAACCUCCCCUCCAGGACCUUCGGCUCUACCAACGCCUGCGACCCCUACGUCAGAUUGAGCGUGAUGCCUGACGAGCGCCGCUACCUACAGACCAAGCAGAAGAAGAAAACCUGCAACCCGGUGUUCGACGAGCACUUCGGCUUCCACAUCCCAUUGCGGUGUGUGUCAGACAGGACGCUGCGCAUCACUGUGUUUGACGGCGGCCGAAACAAGCGUCAACCUGCCAUCGGCCACGUCUUCUGCCCGCUGGCCCAGGUGGUGACGGACUCAGCGGCAGCAACAGGAGCCGCCGUCGCCACCAAUGCUGCCGCUAUCCCCGCCACGGUCGUAGCUCGCGACCUGGUCAGGGAGGAGGAUUGUGAGGCCAAGAAUGAUCUAGGGGAACUGCUCGUCUCUCUUACCUUCAACGACACGCUACAACGGCUUACACUCACUGUCUUCCAGGCCAGGGGGCUCAAGGUUAGUGAGGGUGAGACAAUGUCGUGGGUGAAGGUGUCUCUGAUGAGUCAACGACGCGUCAUCAAGAGUAAGAAAACAACAAUAGUACCAGCCAUCGACGACCCACAAUACAACGAGUCUUUCCACUUCCGGCUGCCGCCAGCACUCGAGGGCGUCCACCUCAACAUACAGCUGAACCUUGCUCCUAACUCCAGCUCUAAAGGUCGUGUGGUUAGCCGAGUUGUGAUCGGCUCCUUCAUGUUCGCUCGUGGUAGAGGACUCAACCAUUGGAACGAAGUCUUAUCUACCCCUAAGGCGGCCAUCCAGUACUGGCACCCCCUCACCGAGUAGGGUGCCACCCACAAAAUUAGUGCCACCCACUACAUAGUGUGCCACCCACUGAGUAGUGUGCCACCCACAAGAUUAGUGCCACCCACUACAUAGUGUGCCACCCACUAAGUAGCGUGCCACCCACUAAGUAGCGUGCCACCCACUAAG